AUGCAUACUUCGAAACCUCGGGUCUCUAAUAUAACAUUUUCGACCGUGACAAGUGCAACUGGAUUACCGACAGUCGCUGCUGGACCUUCUCGUCCCCGCUCCAGCAGUUACUGGAAGCCUCAAGAUCGAGAAUCUCGAAGCGGCGAGUAUUUCACUAGUCCUCAUUCAUUACGUGAUGGAAGUCAAAGCAUCUGUGAGAUUUUUGUGCCUUACUAUGCUUUAAAAAAAUUCGGCUACUGUUGUUUCAACUUAGAUCGGGUGUAUUGUAGCUCCAGCUGUGAGAUUAACGAAGAAGCAAUCCAAACUAAUGAUGGUGUCGUCUAUGAUACCAGAGAGUUGGAUAAUGAUGGUACGCUAGAAAGAAUAUCUGAGUGGGCUUUUCCAAUUCUUGAAUUUGGUGAACGGAAUAAAACUACAGCGCUGAGCAAGGUUGCUUAUACGAUAUUUAAACAAUUUGACCUAUUUCGAAUUUUCAAGUUAUCGUUGGUGAAGUUCUUUAAUUUCUUCCACUCACUCGAAAGAGGAUAUUGGGAUAUUCCAUAUCAUAACCGUUUUCACGCAGCGGAUGUUAUGCAUGGCUGUUACUACUUGACAUGUCACCCGGUAAAACCUCGUUUUGGUAAUCCGGAUUCUGCUAAUUCUUACCCUAAUGAUUCUUAUUCAGUGCCUAUAGCCGACAGUAUGAGCACACUAGAACUGAUGGCGCUUUAUACUGCUGCAGCGAUGCAUGACUAUGAUCAUCCGGGAAGAACAAAUGCAUUCUUGGUGGCUUCCGAAGAUCGUAAGGCUAUUCUUUAUAAUGAUCGCUCAGUUUUGGAGAAUCAUCAUGCUGCUGAAUCAUGGAAAUUGUUGUGUAAACCAGAAAAUUCAUUUAUCGAAACUUUUGAUGCUGCUGAAGCAAAAAGAUUUAGGUUUCUUGUUCUUGAAUAUAUUCUUGCCACUGACUUAAAGCAGCACUUUGAUAUUAUCACCGAAUUUCGUGAGAAAUCAUUAGAAAUGGAUUUGGGAAAUGAAUCAGACCGGGUAAUCAUCUCACAAAUGCUCAUCAAAUUUGCCGAUAUUAAUAGUCCAACGAAACCAUAUGAUUUACAUGUGCAAUGGACUAAACGGCUUUGCGAGGAAUUCUACUCACAGGGUGACGAGGAGAAACGACUUGGGUUAGCUGUUUCACCGUAUAUGGAUAGGAAUGAGCCGGCAGUUGCAAAGUUACAGGAUUCGUUUAUUUCACAUAUGGUUGCGCCGUUAGCGCACGCCUUGAAUGAGGCCGGUUUGUUGCCGUCAUGUCCGGGUUUACCGAAAGCAGAAGUGAUGGUAAACUUGGAGUAUAAUCAUACUAAAUGGUUGAAUGAGUUGGAAAAAGAACGGAGUAGCGAUGAUGAAGAAGACGUCUCAAAAGAUGAUACUUCUUCAUCGGAAAAUGUUAAUGAAACAGUUAAGUUUUAA